UUUCGCGGGAACUUCAGUGCUUUAGUUUUAUAGUGUUUAAGGACACUGCAGCAAGCCGAUUAGGUGUUCAGAAUGCUGUUCCGUGUUGUUGUGGACCGAGCUGUGGGUGUAAGGAGAAGUUACGGUAAGCAUGGGGAUUAUCCAUUGUCCUCUCUGCUGGAGUGUUUUCAGUGUGCUCGUCAUGAAGAACACGUAUCUUAUGGAGACUCAGGCGUUGCUGUUCCUCCUUUUGGAUGCACGUUCUCUACAGCUCCUGGACAGGGCAGCACGCUAGCUGUAGCGAAUGAGGAAGGGAUUGUGAGCCUUUAUAACACCGAGAGACGCAGCACUGUACUGAAAGAAUGGCUGGCACAUGAUAACGCUGUGUUUGAUAUUGCCUGGGUCCCUGGAGCAAACAGCUUAGUGACUGCAUCAGGGGAUCAGACAGCCCGGUUGUGGGACGUGAUCUCUGGGGAGAUGCUGGGAAGUUUUAAAGGACAUCAGUGCAGCCUGAAGUGUGUGGCCUUUCCCAAACAAGAGAAAGCUGUUUUCUGCACUGGAGGCAGGGAUGGGAACAUCAUGCUGUGGGACAUGAGGUGUAGUAAGAAAGAUGGCUUUUACCGGCAGAUGAAGCAGAUAAGCGGAGCUCAUAUGAAGAUGGACAGAAACACACCUCAAACAAAGAAAAAACGAGCAGUGUCUAGAGGAAUGGCUCCUUCUGUGGACUCUCAGAGGGGAGUGACGGCGGUUGUUUUCCGUGACGAGAACACGCUCAUCUCUUCAGGAGCCGUAGAUGGGACAAUUAAGAUGUGGGAUUUGAGAAAGAGUUACACGGCGUUUCAGCACAACCCCACACCACUCCAGAUCUAUCAGUACCCAGGAUCCUCCACACGCAAACUAGGAUAUUCAGGCUUGACGUUAGACUCGACGAGCUCCAGACUCUUCUGCAACUGCACAGAUGACAACAUUUACAUGCUGGAUGUCAGUGGAUUAAAAACUACCCCAGUGGCUGUGUUCAGUGGCCACCGUAACUCUUCGUUCUACGUGAAGUCCUCCGUGAGUCCAGAUGAUCAGUUCCUGGCCAGUGGAUCGAGUGAUGGCAACGCUCAUAUCUGGAAGAUCUCUGAGCCGUCUCGGGCUCCUGUAAUGCUUCAGGGUCACAGCCAGGAAGUGACAUCAGUCACCUGGAGCCAAUCUGAUUUUACAAAGAUUGCGACCUGUUCUGAUGAUAACACUGUGCGGAUCUGGAGGCUCAGCCGCAGCGUAGAUGGAGAAUCAUCAGCCGGAGAUUUAAACCUUGUAGGCUGGGCACGACGCGUAAUCCAGACACCAUCCCGACAAUCUAGCUCCAUCCUUCCACCUGAUGUUGUAACCCCUGUUCGGUGCAGCAGGUCAGGCAGCGAUGAUUCUCUGUUGUCCCCUCAGCCUGCCUCGUGUGCCCCCAGUGGUGCCGACUUCCCUCCACCAUCUGUCACCUCCUCUCCGGUUGAUGCACCCUGCCCACCCCAGACCAAAACUCCGCUCUCCAUUCCUGUCAUUAACACACUCGGCUCUGAGAGACGUGCCAAACGCCGCCUGGACACGAGCGAGACAGCAGCGGGGGAAGAUGAGAGCGACGGAGUGUCCGAACUCUAUCCGGUCUGUAAGAGGACUCGGGAGUCUACGAGCACUUUCUGCUCAUCAGCAGCAGAAGGAACAGAUCAGAAGGAAGAGAGGAUCAGCUCAUCUACACAGGCUGAUAAGGAGAACAGCUCACCUCUGAAGCCUGACUGGCUUUCUGCAAUGAGUCGAAAACUAAAACAAUCUCACAGCAGAGCUGCGUUAUCUAAAAGCCCUAAUGCAGCAAAGAAACAAGACUCGAGAACACAGUCCAUCUCUGGACUGAGCUCUCCACAAUCUGCAAAGAAGGCGUCCUCCCCACAGACGAAAAGAAUUUCCUCUCCAGCUUCUAUGAAAAAGAUUUCUGCGUAUUUUCAGAAAACACCACAGGACUGAUUUUCAUGUAUGUUUGUUUUUUUUGGGGAAAAGCUGACCAAGGCUUGAAAAACUACACUUUUUUUUUAAAGACUCUUUUAAAGAAUUAUCCAGCACACUGUUAUAACGUGUGAAUUUUACCCUCCGUCUUUUGUCUUUUUAUCAAGGCAGAUUUUAGAGGAAAUGUUUUUUUUAUUUUUAUGCAGAUGGACAAAUAUUAUAUUUGAGAAUUCUAUAUCUAUAUAAAAGAUUGUGCAUUUAACUUUACCAUUCGUCAAAUCUGUUUGCAAAGUUGUCAUCAAUCGAGUGUUGAAUGCAAGUGUGUGGAGAUGUGUGUUAUUAGUUAUGUUCAUGACAUUUUUUGUAUUGUGUAUAUAUUUUUUUUAAUUUAGUUUGUCUUUUUUUUCUUCUUCUAACUGUUGAAUACUGUGUUGGUUUGAGCUGGUGAUUAAAUGCAGGCCCUCUGUUUGGUAAAAGCCUGAACUCUUCCA